CUCCCAGACUGGAUCUGCCCGAACCGGCCUGGCCCACUCCGCAGUGCGGGGUUCAAGUCGCAGGAAACCUGCCGUCCGUGCCAAGGGCGAGUCCCACCCUCUUCCUGGCAGUGCCGCCAAUCCCCGCCUCGUUUGCAUCAGGCCCUGGGACGCCCUAGUGGGGGCGGGCAGCUGGGGAGCAUCUCAAGUCCCGGGGCUGCCUGAGAAGACCUUGCUCGCCCUUGGGGUGGCUUCUGGGGCGCCCCAGACUGCCCUGUGCACUGAGCUCCAUGUUAGGGGGUCCCCGAGGUCCCAGACUCCUACUGGGGAGCAGACAGAGGCAACUAAGGGAGAGCAUGCUGGGGCGGCGGCCGUUUCUGAGGGUCUCUAGGGAGUAUCCGAGGAGGGGGCUUCGAGCUCAGGUCGGGGUUACAGGAGGACCCCGGUGGCCGAAAGGUCAGGUGUCAGGUGCGAGAGCGCAGGGGUGGGGCGGAUUCAACUCCAUCUUCACGUCUGCCAGAGGAAGAAACAGGCUCGCAGGUCAUGAUGCCGCCACCGAGGAGCAAGAAGCCCAGAUAGACGCCCCCACGGCCUGGGUCGUGGAGCCACCUGAUGCUGGCAGUGGGGCCCGCCAUGGACGGGGACUUUCCUCAGCAUGAGCCCCCACCAGCGGGCAGUAUCCUCUACAGCCCACCCCCCCUGCAGACCCCGCUGUGCGGGUCCAGUGUCCAGAACACCAUGCUGCACUGCUCCUGGUGGAGUCCCUUCUCGCCCACGCCGUACCCAGCCUUCUCCAGCGAAAGCCACCAGUUCAUGAGCUCCACCUCCUUCAUCGCCAGCCAGCCCUGCGCCGACACCAGCUAUGGACCCUCCACCACCACCCCUAGCUUCCUGCCAAAGACGGGCGACUUUCCUCAGGACUCCGCGUACCUCGACGACCUCUCCAACGCCUCCAUUUUCUCCUCGUCCGUGGACUCCCUCUCAGACAUCGCAGACACGCCUGACUUCCUGCCGGCUGACAGCCUCAGCCAGGUGCCCACCAUCUGGGAUGUGAGCACCGGCCCCUCCACUCAAGACAAGCUGCUCCUGCCCAGUGGGCCGUGGACGGGCCUCGAGGACCCUGUGUCCUCCCUUUCCAGCACCCCACUUCUUGUCAGCUACCAGGCGGCGCCCUGGGGAAGGCCGGCCAGGCCGGGCAGGACAGGCCCAUCCAGCCCUGGCUACAGCUCUGGCACUAACCUUCAGUCUCAGAGUCAGCCUGAGGAAGAAGAUGAGGCAGAGGAAGACGAAGGAGAGGAGCUGGGCCACACAGAGACCUACGCAGACUACGUGCCGUCCAAAUCCAAGAUCGGGAAACAGCAUCCGGACCGCGUGGUGGAGACCAGCACACUGUCCAGUGUCCCACCGCCAGAUAUUACCUACACGCUUGCCUUGCCCGCUUCGGACAGCGGGGCCCUGUCGGCGCUGCAGCUAGAGGCCAUCACCUACGCCUGCCAGCAACACGAGGUCCUGCUCCCCAGUGGGCAGCGGGCCGGCUUCCUCAUCGGCGAUGGCGCGGGCGUCGGCAAGGGGCGCACGGUGGCCGGCAUCAUCCUGGAGAACUACCUGCGGGGCCGGAAAAAGUCUCUGUGGUUCAGCGUCUCCAACGAUCUCAAGUAUGACGCAGAGCGCGACCUGCGGGACAUCGAAGCCCGGGGCAUCGCGGUGCACGCGCUGAGCAAGAUCAAGUACGGCGACAACACUACCUCAGAGGGCGUCCUCUUUGCCACCUACUCUGCCCUGAUUGGGGAGAGCCAGGCCGGCGGGCAGCACCGCACGCGCAUCCGCCAGAUCUUGGAGUGGUGCGGGGAGGCCUUCGACGGCGUCAUCGUGUUUGACGAGUGCCACAAAGCCAAGAACGCCAGCUCCACGAAGAUGGGCAAGGCUGUCCUGGACCUGCAGAACAAGCUGCCCCUGGCCAGGGUGGUCUACGCCAGCGCCACAGGUGCCUCUGAGCCCCGGAACAUGAUCUACAUGAGCCGCCUGGGCAUCUGGGGCGACGGCACGCCCUUCCGAACCUUUGAGGAGUUUUUGCACGCCAUCGAGAAGAGGGGUGUGGGUGCCAUGGAGAUCGUGGCUAUGGACAUGAAGGUCAGCGGCAUGUACAUUGCUCGUCAGCUCAGCUUCUCCGGCGUCACCUUCCGCAUCGAGGAGAUCCCGCUGGCCCCGGCCUUCGAGCGUGUCUACAACCGCGCGGCGCUGCUGUGGGCCGAGGCCCUGGGCGUGUUCCAGCAGGCAGCCGACUGGAUCGGCCUGGAGUCUCGCAAGUCCCUGUGGGGCCAGUUCUGGUCGGCCCACCAGCGUUUCUUCAAGUAUCUCUGCGUUGCCGCCAAAGUGCACCGGCUGGUGGAGCUGGCCCGGGAGGAGCUGGCCCGGGACAAGUGUGUGGUCAUCGGCCUGCAGUCCACGGGUGAGGCUCGGACCCGGGAGGUGCUGGACGAGAAGGAUGGGCAGCUUGACUGCUUUGUCUCUGCUGCUGAGGGCGUCUUUCUGUCGCUAAUUCAGAAGCACUUUCCUUCAACCAAAAGAAAGCGAGAGAGAGGAGCAGGCAGUAAGAGAAAACGGCGGCCACGGGGCCGCGGGGCCAAGGCACCCAGGCUGGCGUGCGAGGCGGCGGGCGUGAUCCGCAUCAGUGAUGACAGCAGCACAGAGUCAGAUGCCGGCCUGGACAGUGACUUCCACUCCUCCCCCGAGUCCGUGCUGGACGACGACGUGCUCAUCUUGGACGCCGUGGGGCUGCCGGCCGAUGACCGCGGGCCCCUGUGCCCCCUGCAGCGGGACCCACAUGGCCCCGGCAUCCUGGAGCGUGUGGAGCGGUUAAAGCAGGACCUGCUGGCCAAGGUGCGGAUGCUGGGCCGGGAGCUGCCCGUCAACACUCUGGAUGAGCUCAUCGACCAGCUUGGGGGCCCUGAGCGGGUAGCCGAGAUGACCGGCAGGAAGGGCCGUGUGGUGUCCAGGCCCGACGGGACAGUGGCCUUCGAGUCUCGGGCGGAGCAAGGGCUCUCCAUUGACCACGUGAACCUCAGGGAGAAGGAGCGCUUCAUGAGUGGGGAGAAGCUCGUGGCCAUCAUCUCCGAGGCCUCCAGCUCCGGCAUCUCCCUCCAAGCUGACCGCCGCGUCCAGAACCAGCGGCGCCGGGUCCACAUGACACUCGAGCUGCCCUGGAGCGCUGACCGUGCCAUCCAGCAGUUCGGCCGGACCCACAGGUCCAACCAGGUCUCUGCGCCGGAGUACGUCUUCCUCAUCUCGGAGCUGGCGGGGGAGCGCAGGUUUGCCUCCAUCGUUGCCAAGCGGCUGGAGAGCCUGGGGGCUCUGACCCACGGGGACCGGCGCGCCACUGAGUCCCGUGACCUGAGCAAGUACAACUUUGAGAACAAGUACGGCGCCCGGGCCCUUGGCUGCAUCCUCACCACUAUCCUGAACCAGACUGAGAACAAGGUGCCGCUACCCCGGGGCUACCCUGGAGGAGAUGCCGCCUUCUUUCGGGACAUGAAGCAGGGCCUGCUGUCAGUUGGCAUCGGUGGGCGCGAGUCCAGGACGGGCUGUCUGGAUGUGGAGAAGGACUGCUCCAUCACCAAGUUCCUGAACCGCAUCCUGGGGCUAGAAGUGCACAAGCAGAACGCCCUGUUCCAGUACUUCUCUGACACCUUCGAUCACCUCAUCGAGAUGGACAAGAAGGAGGGCAAAUACGACAUGGGCAUCCUGGACCUGGCUCCAGGCAUUGACGAGAUCUAUGAGGAGAGCCAGCAGGUUUUCCUGGCUCCCGGGCACCCGCAGGACGGGCAAGUGGUCUUCUACAAGAUCAGUGUGGACCGCGGCCUGAAGUGGGACGAGGCUUACGCCAGGUCGCUGGAGCUGACGGGCACCGAUGAUGGCUUCUAUCUCUCCUACAAGGUUCGGGGCAACAAGCUGAGCUGCCUCCUGGCGGAGCAGAACCACGGCAAGCACUUCACCGUGUAUAAGCCUAACGUGGGUCGGCAGAGCCAGCUGGAGACGUUCGACAGCCUGCGCCGGAAGUUCCGCCGGGUGACAGCGGAGGAGGCCAGGGAGCAUUGGGAAAACAGCUACACCUUCUCGCUGACGCACUGCAGCCACACGGCAUGGAACCGCCACUGCCGGCUGGUGCAGGAGGGCAAGGACUGCACGCAGGGCCUGCGGCUGCGGCACCACUACAUGCUGUGCGGGGCCCUGCUGCGCGUGUGGGGCCGCAUCGCCGCCGUCAUGGCCGACGUCACCAGCAGCAGCUACCUGCAGAUCGUGCGCCUCAAGACCAAGGACAAGAAGAAGCAAGUCGGCAUCAAGAUCCCGGAGGCCUGCGUGCGCCGAGUGCUGCAGGAGCUGCAGCUCAUGGACGCCGACGUGAAGCGCAAGAACGCGCGCGGCCGAGGCUUCCCCGCGCCGCCGCCCGCCCUGCGCCCGCUCGCGCUGCCCUGCGGCCCCGGGGAGGUCCUGGACCUCACCUACAGCCCGCCCGCGCAGGCCUUCCCGCCGCCCUUCGCCUUCCCGCCCCCGGACCCCGCGCCCGCCCCCCGCGGCCCGCCGCUGGGCGCCCCCGACGCUGCCGCCGACCCCGCCGCCCUGGCGCACCAGGGCCGCGACAUCAACUUCAAGGAGGUGUUGGAAGACAUGCUGCGCUCCCUCAACGCGGGGCCGCCCCCCGGGCCCCCCGGGCCCCCCGGGCCCCCCGGGCCGGGCGCAGGGGCGGUGGGGGUGCCCGGCGGGGGCGGGGGCGGGGCCCCCGAGCGGCAGAGCGUCAUCCAGUUCGGCCCCCCCUUCCCCAACUCCUAGGCCGGGCGCGACCCACAGCCGGCGUCCGAGAGGAAGCUCGGUUUCUGCAAUACGCACCGCGUCCGCGGGGACUCGGUCUUCUCCCCUCCCCACGUGGGUGGUGCACAGGGCCCUGGCGCCCGAGCUGACCACGGGGAGGGGCUGCGGUGCCCUCCUGCAGCUCCGGAGGCCUCCACUGCUGUGCCUUCCCUGCCGGCGGCUGGGCGGACCCUGGCGACGCCGCCCGCCCUCCGGGCCCUCCGGGCCCUCCGGGGCAGUGCAGGUCCCACUCAGGAUGACUCGGGGUCUAGACUCGGGGUCUAGGCUCGGGCAGGGCCUGAGGGAGGGGGGGCCCCAACCUCCCUGUGCCUGUCUUCUCCUCCCCCCCCAAGGCCUAGGCAGGGGCUCCCCACCCCACCUCACCCCACCCACCCUUACGGGGCCUGGUCUCACCCGAACCCCUGAAAUCCACAAAACUGGGUGGCCCCAAGAGCUGGAAACUCAGGAAACCCCAGGUGCUCAGGGCCCUGCCUUCUCUGGGGGGCUCCAUGGGACAGACCCUCCCCCCAUUAAUAUAUGCAAUUCUUCCCCACUCUUUGCUCCCUAAAUUAUUGCCCGGCCACCUCUCCCAGGCCCCAGAAUCUGACGUGGAGCUGGCGGUGUGGACGGGCCCCUUGGUUUCUAUGUGUAUUUAUAAUGAAUUCAAGUGUACAUAUGUAAAGAAAUCUUUUUUAAAUAUAUGUGCCUUUUCACUA